AUGAGUGAUAAUAAAAUUUUGUCUUUAUUUUCUAAUCCAUCUGAUGUUAAAAAUAUUUCUAUUCAAAAUGUUGAUAUAACAUUUUUGUGUAUAGUAAAGAUUUUACGCAAUAAUUGUAGUGAAUUUAAUAAUAUUAUUAAUGAUGGUGGAAAAAUUUUUGAUUUUAAUGUUAAACAAAUUGGAGAAGGUAAAGGAUUUAUAUCAUAUGUCUAUAGAGUAAUAUUAAAUUUUACAAAUAAUCAAAGUUUUUCAUUUAUUCUUAAAAUACCAACAACAAAAAUUCUUAAUGAAGGAAUUGAUAUUGAAAAUGGGGAAACAGAAUUUAUUACUAGACAAGAAGUAUCAAAUUUUCAUAAUAAUGAAUGUUUAUUUUAUAGAAUAUUUUUUGAUAUCCCUAAUUUUAAAAUACCUAAAGUUUAUUUUACUCAAAACUACAGAAUUGAUUCACAAGAUGGUUUGAUAUUACUAGAAAAUUUGUCAAAUACUUCUAUUCAUAUAGAAUGUUAUAGAACAUUAAACAUUUAUCAAGUUAAAAAUAUUUUUGAACAAAUUUUGAUCCUCCAAUCAACUUCAUUAUUAUUAAAAGAUAAGGAAUGGUUAAAUAAACUUAGUAGAUCUAUUAAUGAUAAUGAUUUCCCAUUUUUUUCACAAUUUGCCUUAGAACAUUGGUAUGAGUUUACAAAAUUACUUCCGAACUCUUUUUAUAAACAUCUAGAAAAUGAUUUGAAAAGCCUUAUAUUGCAUUGGAAGGAUGCAAUUAUUUUAAAUUGCCAUAAUUUUAAAGAAAACCAAUCUAAUCCAGUUGUUUUAGCACAUGGUGAUAUCUGGAAUAAUAAUAUUCUUUUUUCAUUAGAUGAAGAUGGAAAUCCAUCCAAUAAAAUAGAGGCAUUAAUUGAUUGGCAAUGUUUACAUAUAAAUUCAACUGGACAUGAUUUGUCUAAAACUCUUAUAUAUUGUACUGAUCCUUAUAUUAGAAAAGAGGCUGAAGAAUUUUUAUUGAAAAAGUUCUAUUAUAAAUUAAAGGAUUCUACUUUAAAAAAUGGUGCUCCUUUUACAAUGACAUUUAAUUCAUUUAUGGAAAAUUACAAAAUUUCUUUUAUUGAAAAUGCUUUGAUGUUCUUGAUGAACAUUGGAUUUAGCUUGAAAGGUUGCGAUAUGCCGAAAGAACUAGGUGAUCCAGUAUGGGAUUCUAGAAAGUUUAAUAUUGGUAUUAGAAUUGUAAAAAAUAUUUCAGAUGCUAUAUCGUAUACAAAAGAAUUUAAACCAGAAUGGUUUAAUUAA